CGCACGCACGUGUCUCGGAAUUUUCUCUUCGUUCGAUCUCGGUUUUUUGGGAAAAAGUCGGAAAAUGUGCCACUUGGAUAUUGUGCACUGCGCUAUAAAAAUAUGAAAAGAGCAAUUCUAACUUUUGCUUUUAAAUGCGAUAUAGUUUCGGCCUAAAAAAUAUUGUUUCAAACGUUUUCUGAUUUGUGUCAAAUUUCACCCGCAGUACGCAGUUUGCAUAUUUAAAUAUUGAAAUUUCGGAGAGGAAAUUUUAAUGAGACGACUGUGGAAAACCGAAGGCGAGGAGCACCAGUGAGUGGGCAGGGCAGCAGCAGCGCGGAACCGCAGGAGUCAGUGGAGCUGCUGUCAAUCAAACGGAGUCGCUGGCCAGGACUCCAACCAACCGAAAAUCCAACCAUCUGACCGGCUCAUCAUUGACACCAUGGUCACGAACAUGUCGCAGCCGCAUUAUUGCGGCACUGGCAUCGAUGAUUUUCACACAAACUACAAAUACUUCCAUGGCUACUUCUCGCUUAUUGUCUGCAUCCUGGGCACUAUCGCAAAUACCCUAAAUAUUAUUGUGCUAACCCGAAGGGAGAUGCGAUCCCCAACGAAUGCCAUACUCACGGGUCUGGCGGUGGCCGAUCUGGCUGUGAUGCUGGAAUAUAUUCCCUAUACGGUCCACGAUUAUAUACUCAGUGCCCGGCUGCCGCGGGAGGAGCAGCUGAGCUACAGCUGGGCCUGCUUCAUCAAGUUCCACUCGGUGUUCCCCCAGGUGCUGCACACCAUCUCUAUUUGGCUCACCGUAACGCUGGCCGUGUGGCGUUACAUAGCGGUGAGUUAUCCCCAACGGAAUCGGAUCUGGUGUGGCAUGAGAACGACGCUGAUCACCAUUGCCACGGCCUAUGUGGUGUGUGUUCUGGUAGUGUCACCGUGGCUGUAUCUGGUCUCAGCCAUAGCCAAGUUCCUGGAGACGCUGGAUGCGAGUGGCAAGACCAUAGCUUCGGUGCCGUUGAGUCAGUAUAUACUGGACUACAAUCGGGAGCAGGAGGAGGAUGUAACCAUGCAGGUCAUGUCCAGCACUACGCCAGAUAUAUCCUGGGCGAUGCCGAGUGGUUCGGCCAAUGGAACGGCCGUCAGUGUGCUGACCCUGACCACAGUGGUGCCUCUCACCAGCUGGACACCAGGGACAACUCCGGCGAUGAUGGGUGAACGAAACGUGACGGUCUACAAGCUAUAUCACAGUGCCUUGGCCCUGCACGAUCGACAGUUCAGGAACGCCACCUUCCUCAUCUACAGUGUCCUGAUCAAGCUGAUACCCUGCUUUGCCCUGACCGUGCUCUCGGUGCGGUUAAUCGGCGCUUUGUUGGAGGCCAAGCGGAGGAGGAAGAUCCUUGCGUGCCAUGCGGCCAACGACAUGCAGCCGAUAGUCAACGGGAAGGUGGUGGUGACGCCCACUCAGCCCAAGAGCUGCAAGUUGUUGGAGAAGGAGAAGCAGACGGAUCGAACGACCAGGAUGCUCCUGGCGGUGCUGCUGCUCUUCCUAAUCACCGAGUUCCCGCAGGGGAUUAUGGGCCUGCUGAAUGCUCUCCUCGGCGAUGCCUUCUUCCUGCAGUGUUACCUAAAGCUGAGUGACCUAAUGGACAUCUUGGCACUUAUUAAUUCGAGCAUCAAUUUCAUCCUUUACUGCUCGAUGAGUCGCCAGUUCCGUAGCACGUUCGCCCUACUCUUCCGGCCGCGCUGGCUGGACAAGUGGCUGCCGCUCUCUCAGCAUGACGGCGAAGGACGCGGCGGGGGGAGUGGGUAUGGCUAUGGCUACGGCGGCGGUGGUGGCUAUGGAAGGCAGCGAUUACUACACACGGACGCCGCCAGCAAGAGCAUGGCCAUCGAUCUCGGCCUGACGACGCAAGUGACGAAUGUGUAGCACGAGAGCAGCGGCCGGGCAGCGGUGUCAACCGCAGCGGCGGCAUCAUCCACAGCUGCAGCAGGAGCAGCAACAUCACUAGCAGCAGCUUCUGCAGCAGCAGCAGCAUCCACAGCAGCAGCUGCAGCAACAUCAACGACAGCAGCGACUGAAAUUGAUGGAUGUGCUGGCGCCACAAACGACAUCAGCCUGGUGGAAGUGCUGCACGCGCAGCCCGGCCAAAAAAGAGGAGAGGUUUCAGUUGCCAGCCAGAAUCGUAGAAGUCGCAGUGGCAGUGGCAAGUGCAUUUGGCCCACCACGGAGUGGCUAAGAAAACUGCGGCACCAAAAGCCACACAAGGAGGCCGAUGCCUGUACUGAUACCGAUCUAGAGUUGGGCAGGACUACUAUCAACAGACGCAGCAGUGUCCUGUUGAUGGUCCUGCUCAGCAGUUCCGAUGAGGUCAAAGCCAAGGCCGUUCUGGUCAGUGACCAGCAUCAGCAGUCUAGCACACAGCAGGAGGUGAAGCUGGACGAGGACGUGGAGGAUGCCAUCGAUGCUCUCUGGCUGUGAGAUGUCCCAACCCUCUAGCACUUAACUAACCCCUAAAAACAAAUACAAAAACAAGAAACAAUUCCCUGUAAAUGAAAUCCCCACUAAUAGCUAACUACUGUGUACAGACCAAUUAAUUAAUCAAACAAAUUGUUUAUGGCUGCUUCCUAUUUAUACAUAAAUAUUUU